AUGUGCAUUAAUUGCAUUCGAAACGAGGUCGACAUAACUGAUGGCAUCCCAAAGCACGCCACUUUGCAAUUCUGCCGCAAUUGUGAAAGAUAUUUGCAACCACCAAAUAUAUGGAUUAGGGCAGAAUUGGAGAGCAGUAGAUUGCUAUCUCUCUGCCUAAAGAAAUUGAAAGGUUUGAAUAAAGUCAGACUUAUCGACGCAGGAUUCAUUUGGACAGAACCUCAUUCAAAAAGGAUCAAGGUCAAACUGACUAUUCAGAAGGAGGUUUUUGCGUCGACUAUCCUGCAACAAAUUUUUGAGGUAGAAUUUGUCGUGAAUUACCAGCAAUGUGGUGAAUGCGCACGUGUCAUGGCAAAGGACACAUGGCAAGCAGUAGUGCAAGUCAGACAAAAGGUCAAUCACAAAAAGACUUUUUUUUAUCUGGAACAACUCAUCAUCAAACAUCACGCCCACAAAGACACCAUUAACAUAAAAGAAAUCAAAGAUGGCCUUGAUUUUUUUUACGCUCAUAGAUCUCACGCCAUAAAAAUGGUGGAAUUUUUGAAUGCGGUAGUUCCGAUAAGGACAAAGACAUCUGAGCGGUUGAUUUCAACCGAUAUUCAUAACAACACCUCCAAUACAAAAUUUACAUAUUCCGUAGAGAUUAUACCCAUUUGUAAAGACGAUCUUGUUUGUUUACCGAUUAAGAUGGCGCGGUCGCUAGGAAACAUCAGCCCUUUGGUCAUCUGCCUUCGAGUCGGAAAUUCUAUACACGUCAUAGACCCAAACACUCUAGCCGUAUCCGAAAUCUCCACUACAGUGUAUUGGAGGACCCCAUUUAAUUCCUUGGCAUCCUCCAAGAAUUUGGUGGAGUAUCAUAUUUUGGAUGUUGAACCUUUGGAAACUGUACGAGGAAAGGUUAGAAUUUCAUUCUAUGCAUCCGAAUUUGGCGAUACUGCCUUAGGAUAUGAUCUUUCGUCAUCCAAUUUUAAUAAUCUUUCAUUUGACUCCCUUGACCGGAGCACCAUACCUGAUGUUAUUCUCAUCAAAAAGUCCUUCCCACAAAAACGCAAGAAGAACAAACAACGUAACUGGAAACUCAAGUCAUUAACAAAAGAGGAAGAUGAGAUGGGUCAGAAGAAGCAAGAUUUAGAAAAAAUGGAACAAGACUAUGAAACGUUUUUGCAAGAUCUCGAGGAAGAUCCUGAGCUCAGACAAAAUGUUAAUCUGUAUAAGUCAACAGUAUCAAUGGAUGUGGACAUGGCUACUGAAGAGGAUGCGGAAGAGGAAGAAGGCUUCCCUGAAGUUGGGAUAGAAGAAUUGUUGGAAGAUCUAACCUUAGACGAUCACUUGCCUCACUGA